GGCCGCGGUUAAAUAGAGUCGCGCCGGCCUAGAGGGAGCCAGAGAGACGGCAGCGGCCCGGCCUCCCCUCCGCCGCCCGCUCCAUCCUCGCUCCGCCGCCCGCUCCGCCGCCCGCGCCAGACCAGAACAGCCAUGGAGGAGGUGGUGAUCGCUGGCAUGUCCGGGAAGCUGCCCGAGUCGGACAACAUGCAGGAGUUCUGGACCAAUCUCAUCGGCGGCAUAGACAUGGUGACAGACGAUGACAGGAGGUGGAAGGCCGGGCUCUACGGCCUGCCCAGGCGGUCCGGCAAGCUGAAGGACCUGUCCAAGUUCGACGCCUCCUUCUUCGGGGUCCACCCAAAGCAGGCUCACACGAUGGACCCCCAACUGCGCUUGCUGCUGGAGGUCACCUACGAGGCCAUCUUGGAUGGAGGCAUCAACCCAGCGUCACUCCGAGGGACACACACCGGUGUCUGGGUGGGCGUGAGCGGCUCCGAGGCCUCGGAGGCCCUCAGCCGAGACCCCGAGACUCUCGUGGGCUACAGCAUGGUGGGCUGCCAGCGGGCCAUGAUGGCCAACCGUCUCUCCUUCUUCUUUGAUUUUAAAGGGCCCAGCAUUGCUCUGGACACGGCGUGCUCGUCCAGCCUCAUGGCUCUGCAGAACGCGUACCAGGCCAUCCACAGCGGGCAGUGCCCCAGUGCCAUCGUGGGCGGCAUCAACAUCCUGCUCAAGCCCAACACGUCCGUGCAGUUCAUGAAGCUGGGCAUGCUGAGCCCCGAGGGCGUCUGCAGGUCCUUCGAUGAGUCUGGGAGCGGCUAUUGCCGCUCAGAGGCCGUGGUGGUCAUGCUACUGACCAAGAAGUCCCUGGCCCGGCGCGUGUACGCCACCAUCCUGAAUGCCGGCACCAACACCGACGGCUGCAAGGAGCAAGGUGUGACCUUCCCCUCCGGGGAGGCGCAGGAGCAGCUCAUCCGCUCCCUGUACGAGCCAGCCGGGCUGGCCCCAGAGUCCCUGGAGUACAUUGAAGCCCAUGGCACGGGCACCAAGGUGGGUGACCCCCAGGAGCUGAAUGGCAUUGAUCGAGCCCUUUGCACCACCCGCCGGGACCCGCUGCUGAUCGGGUCCACAAAGUCGAACAUGGGGCACCCAGAGCCCGCCUCAGGGCUGGCGGCACUGGCCAAGGUGCUGCUGUCCCUGGAACACGGGCUCUGGGCCCCCAACCUCCACUUCUGCAGCCCGAACCCUGAGAUCCCCGCCCUCCGGGAAGGGCGGUUGCAGGUGGUGGACCGGCCCCUGCCUGUCCGCGGCGGCAUCGUGGCCAUCAACUCCUUCGGCUUCGGGGGCUCCAACGUGCACGUCGUCCUCAGACCCAACUCACGGCCGCCCUCGCCAUCCACCCCGCACAUCACUCUGCCCCGUCUGCUGCGGGCCAGCGGGCGCACUGCGGAGGCCGUGCGUUGCCUGCUGGAGCAGGGUCACCAGCACCACCGGGACCCGGCCUUCGUGAGCAUGCUCAACGACAUCGCGGGCAGCCCCCCCGCCUCCAUGCCCUUCCGGGGCUUCACGAUGCUGGGGGUGCAGGACGGCGGCCUGGAGGUGCAGGAGGUGCCGCAGCUGCCCCCCGGCCCGCGUCCGGUCUGGUUCAUCUGCUCCGGGAUGGGCGCGCAGUGGCACGGAAUGGGGUCGAGCCUCAUGCGCCUGCACGGCUUCCGGGAGUCCAUCCUGCGUUCCGACGAGGUCGUGAAGCCCCUGGGUCUGCAGGUGUCCGAGCUGCUCCUGAGCAAGGAUGAGGCCACCUUUGACGACCUCGUCCACGCCUUCGUCAGUCUCACGGCCAUCCAGAUCGCUCUCAUAGACCUGCUGACCUCAAUGGGCGUGCGGCCGGACGGCAUCAUUGGGCACUCCCUGGGGGAGGUGGCCUGCGGCUACGCCGAUGGCUGUCUCACUCGGGAGGAGACCAUCCUCACCGCCUACUGGCGGGGCCAGUGCAUCAAGGAGGCCAGCAUUCCUCCGGGAGCCAUGGCGGCCGUGGGCCUGUCCUGGGAGGAGUGUAAGCAGCGCUGCCCCCCCGGCAUCGUGCCCGCCUGCCACAACUCCGAAGACACGGUGACCAUCUCCGGACCACAGGCCGAGAUGGUCGCCUUCUUGGAGCAGCUGAAGAAGGAGGGUGUGUUUGCCAAGGAGGUGCGGACGGGCGGCAUGGCCUUCCACUCCUACUUCAUGGAGGCCAUUGCCCCCACGCUGCUGCAGGCGCUCAAGAAGGUGAUCCGGGAGCCUAGGCCCCGCUCAGCGCGCUGGCUCAGCACCUCCAUCCCCGAGGCCCAGUGGCAGGGCAGCCUGGCCCGCACGUCCUCGGCGGAGUACAGCGUCAACAACCUCGUGAGCCCGGUGCUGUUCCAGGAGGCGCUCUACCACGUGCCCGAGCACGCCGUGGUGCUGGAGAUCGCCCCCCACGCACUGCUGCAGGCCGUCCUGAAGAGAGGCCUCAAGUCUAGCUGCGCCAUCAUCCCCUUGAUGAAGAAGGACCAGACGGACAACCUGGAGUUCUUCCUCAGGAGCGUGGGCAGGCUGCACCUGCUGGGCAUUGAUGCCAACCCCAACGGCCUGUAUCCACCCAUGGAGGUCCCGGUGCCCCGGGGGACCCCCCUCAUCUCCCCCCACAUCAAGUGGGACCACAGUCAGACCUGGGACGUGCCUGCGGCCGGGGACUUCCCCAGCAGCUCCAGCGGCUCCUCCGCGGCCACUGUCUACAGCAUCGACACCAGUCCUGAGUCCCCCGACCACUACCUGGUGGACCACUGCAUCGACGGACGCGUACUCUUCCCCGCCACCGGCUACCUGUGCCUGGUCUGGAAGACGCUGGCGCGCUCCCUGAGCCAGAACAUGGACGACCUGCCUGUGGUGUUUGAGGGAGUGACGUUGCACCAAGCCACCAUCCUGCCCAAGACCGGGACCGUGGCUCUGGAAGUGCGGCUGCUGGAGGCUUCCCACACCUUCGAGGUGUCUGAGAACGGCAACCUGAUCGUGAGCGGGAAGGUGUACCAGUGGGAGGACCCCGACCCCAAGCUCUUCGACAGCCAGGAUGGCCCGGAUCCCACGGACCCCACGGACCCCACGGCUGCAUUCUGCCUGUCCCAGGGGGACGUGUAUAAGGAGCUGCGUCUGCGUGGCUAUGACUAUGGCCCCCAUUUCCAGGGUGUCCUGGAGGCCAACCUUGAAGGCAACACAGGCCAGCUGCUGUGGAAGGACAACUGGGUGACCUUCCUGGACGCCAUGCUGCAGCUCUCCAUCCUGGGGGCGGCCCAGCGCAGCCUGCGCCUGCCCACCCGCAUCACCUCCCUGCACAUCGACCCCGCCACGCACCGGCGGAAGGUGUACUCGCUCAAGGGCCAGGCCCAAGUGGCCGACGCGGUAGUGAGCAGCUGCCUGAAUAGCACGGUGGCCGGGGGCACCCACAUCUCGGGCCUGCAUGCCUCCGUGGCCCCGCGGCGGCAGCAGGAACAGCUGGCCCCCGUCCUGGAGAAGUUCUGCUUCACCCCACACGUGGAGGGGGGGCUCCUGGCCGGAGACACAGCCCUGCAGGAGGAGCUGCAGCUGUGCAGGGGGCUGGCACGGGCCCUGCAGACCAAGGUGGCCCAGCAGGGGCUGAAGAUGGUGGUGCCCGGACUGGACGGGGCUCAGGUCCCCCGGGAGCCGCCGCAGCAGGGCCUGCCGCAGCUGCUGGCUGCCGCCUGUCAGCUGCAGCUCAACGGGAGCCUGCAGAUGGAGCUGAGCCAGCUCCUGGCCCAACAGAGGUCCCUGCUGCACGAGGAUCCGCUGCUCUGCGGCCUGCUCGACGGCCCGGCGCUCAAGGCCUGCGUGGACACCUCCCUGGAGAACCUCACCGGCCCCCGCAUGCGCGUCGUCGAGGUGCUGGCUGGCGACGGCCGCCUCUACUCCCGCGUCCCACCGCUGCUCAGCACCCAGCCCAUGCUCCAGCUGGACUACACGGCCACAGACCGCCACCCGCAGGCCCUGGAGGCCGCCCAGGCCACGCUGCAGGAGUACGACCUGGCCCAGGAGCAGUGGGACCCUGCGGGCCCCGUCCCCAGCAGCCUGGGCCCGGCUGACCUGCUGGUGUGCAACUGUGCCGUGGCCACACUCCGUGACCCAGCCACGGCCCUCAGCAACAUGGCGGCCGCUCUCAAGGAGGGUGGCUUCCUGCUGCUACACACCCUGCUCAGAGGACACCCCCUGGGGGAGACCGUAGCCUUCCUCACCUGCCCGGAGCCGCAGCGAGGCCAGCAGAGCCUCCUGAGCCAGGAUGAGUGGGAGGGGCUGUUUGCCCAGGCGUCCCUGCACCUGGUGGCCCUGAAGAGGUCCUUCUACGGCUCCGCGCUCUUCCUGUGCCGCCGGCCGGCCCCGCAGGACAGCCCCAUCUUCCUGCCCGUGGAGGACACCAGCUUCCGCUGGGUGGACUCCCUGAAGAACGUCCUGGCAGACAACACCUCCCGACCCGUGUGGCUGACAGCCGUCAGCUGCCCCACCUCGGGCGUCGUGGGCAUGGUGAACUGUCUCCGCCGGGAGCCCGGCGGGCAGCGGGUUCGAUGCAUCCUGGUGUCCAACCUCAGCAGCACGUCCCCCACCCCCAAGAUGGACCCAGGCUCCUCGGAGCUGCAGAAGGUGUUACAGGGGGACCUCGUGAUGAAUGUCUACCGCGACGGGGCCUGGGGGGCCUUCCGCCAUUUCCCACUGGGGCAUGGCCUGCCGGAGGAGGAGACCGAGCACGCCUUUGUCAACGUUCUCACGCGGGGGGACCUCUCCUCCAUCCGCUGGGUCUGCUCACCCCUGCGCCACACCCAGCCCACUGACCCCAGUAUGCACCUCUGCACCGUCAACUACGCUUCCCUCAACUUCCGAGACAUCAUGCUGGCUACGGGCAAGCUGUCCCCCGACGCCAUCCCAGGGAAAUGGUCCUCCCGGGACUGUAUGCUGGGCAUGGAGUUCUCUGGCCGGGACGCCAGUGGCAAGCGCGUGAUGGGGCUCGUGCCGGCUGAAGGCCUGGCCACCUCCGUCCUGCUGUCGGAGGACUUCCUGUGGGAUGUGCCGUCCAGCUGGACCCUAGAGGAGGCCGCGUCCGUGCCUGUGGUGUACACCACCGCCUACUACUCGUUGAUCGUGCGGGGACGCAUGCAGCGCGGGGAGACAGUCCUCAUCCACUCGGGCUCCGGCGGCGUGGGCCAGGCCGCCAUCGCCAUCGCCCUGAGCCUGGGCUGCCGUGUCUUCACCACCGUGGGGUCCGCCGAGAAGCGGGCGUAUCUCCAGGCCAGGUUCCCCCAGCUCAGCGAGACCAGCUUUGCCAACUCCCGGGACACGUCCUUCGAACAGCACGUGCUGCGGCACACAGCCGGGAAGGGUGUCGACCUGGUUCUGAACUCUCUGGCGGAGGAGAAGCUGCAGGCCAGCGUGCGCUGCCUGGCCGUGCACGGCCGCUUCCUGGAGAUCGGCAAAUUCGACCUUUCCAACAACCACCAGCUGGGCAUGGCCGUCUUCCUGAAGAACGUGACCUUCCACGGCAUCCUGCUGGACUCGCUCCUGGACGACGUGAGCAGCGGCUGGCGGGAGGUGGCGACCCUGCUGCGGGCGGGCAUCCGGGACGGCGUGGUGCGGCCCCUCAAGUGCACCACGUUCCCCAAGCACCGGGUGGAGGACGCCUUCCGCUUCAUGGCCCAGGGGAAGCACAUCGGCAAAGUGGUGGUGCAGGUGCUCAAGGAGGAGCCAGAGGCAGGGCCACAGGUGCCCAGGCCCACGCUGAUGACCGCGGUGUCCAAGACCUUCUGCCCAGCCCACAAGAGCUACAUCAUCACAGGCGGCCUGGGCGGCUUCGGCCUGGAGCUGGCCCACUGGCUCGUGCUGCGCGGCGCCCAGAAGCUCGUGCUGACCUCUCGCUCCGGGAUCCGCACAGGCUACCAGGCCAAGCAAGUCCGCGAGUGGAGACGCCAGGGCGUGCAGGUCCUGGUGUCCACCAGCAACGCCAGCUCGCUCGACGGGGCCCGGAACCUCAUCGCGGAGGCCUCGCAGCUGGGGCCUGUGGGAGGCGUCUUCAACCUGGCCGUGGUCCUGAGAGACGCCGUGCUAGAGAAUCAGACUCCUGAGUUCUUCCAGGACGUCAACAAGCCCAAGUACAGUGGCACCGUGAACUUGGACAGGGUGACCCGGGCGGCGUGCCCCGAGCUGGACUACUUCGUGGCCUUCUCGUCCGUGAGCUGCGGGCGCGGCAACGCCGGCCAGACCAACUACGGCUUCGCGAACUCGACGAUGGAGCGCGUGUGCGAGAGGCGUCGCCAGGACGGGCUCCCAGGCCUCGCCGUGCAGUGGGGCGCCAUCGGAGACGUGGGCCUCAUCCUGGAGGCGAUGGGCUCCAACGACACGGUCAUCGGCGGGACGCUGCCUCAGCGGAUGAGCUCCUGCUUGGGGGUGCUGGAUCUCUUCCUGAGCCAGCCCUACCCCGUCCUGAGCAGCUUUGUGCUGGCUGAGAAGAAGACCGCCGCCCAGGGAGACCGCGACACCCAGCAGGACCUCAUGAAGGCCGUGGCCCACAUCCUGGGCAUCCGAGACAUGGCCACCGUCAACUUGGACAGCACGCUGGCAGACCUGGGCCUGGACUCGCUCAUGGGCGUCGAGGUGCGGCAGAUGCUGGAGCGUGAGCAUGACCUGUUGCUGUCCAUGCGGGACAUCCGGCAGCUCUCGCUCCGCAAGCUGCAGGAGCUUUCUUCAAAGGGCAGCCCGGCGAAAGAGCUGGCGGCCACCACGCCCAAGAACAGCAGCCCGGCCGGUCAGCAGGCCCAGCCGAACCUGAGCACCCUGCUGGUGAACCCGGAGGGCCCCACCUUGACGCGGCUCAACUCGGUGCAGAGCUCUGAGCGACCGCUGUUCCUGGUGCACCCCAUCGAGGGCUCCGUCACUGUGUUCCACAGCCUGGCUGCCAGGCUCAGCAUCCCCACCUACGGCCUGCAGUGCACCCGAGCCGCGCCCCUGGACAGCAUCCAGAGUCUGGCCGCCUACUACAUCGAGUGCAUCCGCCAAGUGCAGGCCGAGGGGCCCUACCGCAUCGCCGGCUACUCGUACGGGGCCUGCGUGGCCUUCGAGAUGUGCUCACAGCUGCAGGCCGCACAGCCCGGCCCUGCCCCCGCACACAACAGCCUCUUCCUGUUCGACGGCUCCCACUCCUACGUGCUGGCCUACACGCAGAGCUACCGCGCCAAGAUGACCCUGGGCUGCGAGGCGGAGGCUGAGGCCGAGGCCAUGUGCUUCUUUGUGCAGCAGUUCGUGGACGUGGAGCACGACAGGGUGCUCGAGGCACUGCUGCCCCUCCGGGGCCUGGAGGAGCGCGUGGCGGCCACCGUGGACCUCAUUGUGCGCAGCCACGCCGGCCUGGACCGCCGGCAGCUGAGCUUUGCCGCGCACUCCUUCUACCACAAGUUGCGUGCGGCGGAGCAGUACGCGCCGCGGGCCACCUACCACGGCAACGUGACGCUGCUGCGCGCCAAGACCAGUAGCCUGUACGGCGAGGGCCUGGGCGCCGACUACAACCUGUCCCAGGUGUGCGACGGCAAGGUGUCCGUGCACGUGGUCGAGGGUGACCACCGCACGCUGCUGGAGGGCAGCGGCCUGGAGUCCAUCCUCAGCAUCAUCCACAGCACCCUGGCCGAGCCCCGCGUCAGCGUGCGGGAGGGCUAGCCGCCCCCACGCCCCGGGGGACCGGGGUCCUGCCGGUGGGACCCCACCCGCAUCCCGGGCCCCCGCCGCCGCAGCCGCCGACUCGGAGACCUGCCGGGUCUGUGAAGGGUCGGCCGGCGGGCGGUGUGCCGUGUGGGGCCCGCGGGGGUCUGGCCCCCUCUCGUCCCUCCGGUUCUCCUAUUUAUUGCGUCGCUGGGGAGACGCCAGGGCCUCGUCCCCCCUGGGAAGGCGGGGGGGUGCAGGAGCCCCAGCCCUGGAGCCCCCAUGAUGCAGGGGCCUGUGGAAAGGAGCAGCCCAGGGCACGCGGGCACCCGGUCUGUGUUUGUCUGUAUUCGUUUUUCAAGAAACAUGAUCCAUGUUGCUGCUUGA